AUGGACGCAAACAUCAAUUCUGGUGAACAAACAAUCACAUCACUCCCUGAGAAGACAAUUAUCACACCACCCUGGGUUUCGCAUUCCAAGUCCAAUAUGGAGGAGGAAAAAACUUCAAACAUCAAUGUGAACUUAUCUAAUAAGGACGUAAAUGUUCACAUGGGGGAUGGGAGUUCGACAACAACCGUUGAUACUACAGCUGUUCCACCACCACCACUACAUUUGUCUCCACCAAAAACAUCUACCAUUCUACCUAUAUCCAUACUAGUUGUAUCACCAACUUUUCAAGCGGUGAUGAAUGAACCUAUUACAUCUUUAUUUUCAUCUCAAUCCAUAGAGGUUGAGAAUACGGUUAACAUAGAAGAAGAAGAUGAAUAUGAUUUCAUGGUUGGAUUUGGAGAUUUGGAGUUUAAUCCACAUGAGAAUGAUGUUCCUAAUAAUGCGGGUGAUCUUAAAAAGACUGAUAUUCCAGACAAAACUACCUAUGUUCUUGGAUAUGGGCAUCUCAAGACUUUUUUAGAUGCUUAUUUUGCUCAUUUAGCUACGAUAGAUAUUGAUCUCUCUACUGACUUUAACAUAAGCUUGAGAGUUCCUAAACCAUUGUUAAAAGGAAAAAUAAGCAUAAAGGAUUUUGAAUAUGGAGAGAUUAUGCAUGAUCCUCUUGGAUAUGUGUUCAUUAGAAAAGGGAAGAAGGAGAGUAGGAAAAAGUUCUUAUUUCGUGUCGAUGAUGUUGAAAGUUAUUCGAAUACACAUCUUACCAGUAUCCUACUACACAUCAACAACUGUCAGAGAAACAAGAAUGAAGACAGAGCGAAGAUUAGGAAGAUCAUUCAUUGGUAUAUGAAGAUUCGAGAGGUUUGCUACAUACAAUAA